AUGAGAAUCCACAGCCUCCUCCUGCUCUCCUUCCUUCUCCUGGCUGCUCAGGUGCUCUCAGAAAGGGUCAAAAAGGGAGCCAAGAAUGCACCAGACAACACAACAGAGGAGGGUCCAUCUGCCCCCUCAGGCAAGGCCCAGGAAAAACAGAGAAGCAGGACAUCCAAAUCCAUGACCCACGGCAAGUUCCUCACCAAAGACCAAGCCACCUGCAAGUGGGCUGUAACUGAGGAGGAGCUGGGCAUCAGCCUGAAGGUCCAGUGCACUCAAGAAGAUCGAGAGUUUUCUUGUGUUUUUGCGGGUGAUCCAGCCGGCUGCCUUGAACAUGACAAAGACCAGAUCUACUGGAAGCAGAUUGCCCGCACCCUGCGCAAACAGAAGAAUAUCUGUGGGAACGCCAAGAGCGUCCUGAAGACCAGAGUGUGCAGAAAGAAGUUUCCAGAGUCUAACCUCAAACUGGUAAACCCCAGUGCACCCGGGAACAUGAAGCCCAGGAAGGAGAAAGCAGAGGUAUCCCCAAGGGAACACAACAAGGUUCAAGACGUUUCCUCCAUGGGGCCAAACAAGGUCCAAGAGGACCUCGUGCCCAGUUCAGCUGUGACCCAGACGGUGGCCAUCAAAGAUCCGGAGUGCCUGGAGGACCCAGAUGUGCUUAACCAGAAGAAGGUCGCCCUGGAAUUCUGUGGGGAGUCUUGGCGCUCCAUCUGCACCUUCUUCCUCAACAUGUUACAGGCCACAUCGUGCUAG